UGUCACUAUUCCCACAUCGAAUGGUUCAUCCUGAAGAGCCAAAACCACAGUACAGCUAUAUAGGUCUUAUAGCGAUGGCAAUACUGAGUUCUGCCGAAACAAAACUCGUACUUUCUGAUAUAUAUCAACAUAUUUUAGAUAACUAUCCUUACUUUCGUGCUCGUGGACCAGGUUGGCGUAAUUCUAUAAGACACAACUUAUCAUUGAAUGAUUGCUUCAUUAAAUCUGGACGUAGUGCCAAUGGGAAGGGCCAUUACUGGGCCAUACAUCCGGCAAAUAUUGACGAUUUUCGUAGAGGUGAUUUCAGACGUCGUAAGGCACAACGCAAAGUACGCAAACAUAUGGGUUUAUCGUUAGAUGAUGGUAGGGCAGAGUCUCCUAGUCCGCCGCCACUCGACCUAUCAUCAACGCAAUUAACAUCAACACGUUUGCUCCAAUUACCUUCACCAGGGAACAGUUUAACUACGACGCAUGAUUUUAGGACACCUAAUGCGCGUUCAUUUAAUUAUUUGAACCCAUUAUUGCGAGUUCCCCCAUCGUCGUCUUCGUUACAGCAAGCGCAACAGCACAUUCAAGACAGUUAUUUUGGUACAGCUAUUAUGGAACAUUAUACGUGUAUGCCGUCAGUUCCAGCAUUCAAAAAUGGAUAUUCCACAUGUUCACAGCAAGAAUAUUCUAAACUUUGUAGCAAUGGGCAAUUAGAUAAUCUGCACACAAAUGACCCCGGAACGCAAUCGUUGUCUGAACAGUCCGUUACCGAUAAUCACAAAAACUCAAAAAUUUCUUUAACUAAUGGAACGGCCAUAUCGACUGUUGCACCACAUUCCUUUACCGGGGCAAAAUCAAAUUAUUAUACGCAUAUGCAUAAGCGACAAUUUGAUGUAGCAUCUCUCUUGGCUCCCGACCGAAACAUUUUCACUACAACAUUAAGAGAAAGAGAUCACCAGACAUCUACUUUUGAUGCAUUAGAAUACGCUCAAUUUCUAAAAAAAAAAACAGAAGAAAAUGGAAAGUACCGGCUGCAACAUAUGCCUGCUGAGACACAAAAUACUCAUCCGUAUACACUCCCCGUUUCACAAACUUGUGCUUUAUCACCACUAGAGAUCGAGUACGACCGCGAACAGGAGCAAGAGCAAGAUGAGAUCGACGUUGUUGCAAAUGAUAUCGAUGAGCAUAGCAAGCAGACAUUUUCAUUUACCGCUGAUCACAAUAAUAAAGAACACCAAGAAUUAUUUAGUUCGAUUUCAAAAAGCAAUACCUGUUCCAAAAAUGGUGCAGAGAAUUACGAUGACUCUGAUAAUGAGAAUAAUAUCAUACAUAAACGUACCAAUUCGAGUCACCCCCAUCCUUUGAUACCAAGUGCGGUUAUAGAAUGGCGUAUGCUGCAACAACAACCCAUAUCAGUAGAGGCAUUUAUAAAAAAAUUUGGGGUCAGUAAAUCAUCUAAUGGGAAAAGUAGUACGGAAGGUUUUGAAGAUUGCUAUGCUACAAAACAUACAUCUUCAAAGUCAGCAAAUCCAAUAUUAAAUACACAACGUAUGGCCUUAGAAGGCAGAAGUGAAUUGAACCUUAAUGACAGCAAAACUCAAAUGGAACUAUGUGAGCAUAAACCAAACGAAACAACCCCCAAAAGUCUUCAUGUUCGACGUAUAAUAAAACAUUUUCACCAGCAUCAGCAACAACAUAACCAACAUAUUUAAAAGAACCGUUCAAUGAUAUUGGGGGCCGCCAUUAUAGCACUUACAUUACGGCGGGUGCAACCAGACAUAUGGGUCGUAUGCAAUUAAAACAGAUCCAAUUUCACAACAAAAAUCCGACGUGAUUAGUAGAGUUGGUAAGGGUUAGCAAAAAUAUA